UAGAUUAUGAUGUUAUUGAUAAGCAAAAUAAUCAUAGAGAUGAUUCUUCUUCCUCUUCUAUUGCUUCAAAUUCGUCGUCACUUACGGCCUGUUCUUCGUACUAUUCCUUAUCAGAAAUGGACUUUAACAUUGAGUUUGACUUUUUAGAGGUUGAAGGCCUUGUUAAUACUCAUUUAUCAGGCAAUAAGGUUGAUCCCUUGAUUCAAGAAAAUAGUGGUGUGAGAGAGUGA